UGUGAUGAAACGUGUUGAGCAGGUUCAAGGUGGAAUAAGACCUGCAAUGAGGUCCGGGUCGGUGAAGAUCCAAGUUGCUUCUAGAGCUCGUGAGUCAUCAGUAAAGUCACCUUCACCUGUCAAAGUCCCUAAAACUUUGCCGAGUCUGUUGACUCCCACUAGGGUUGUCACGGAGACGUUUAAUGUCGUACAAAACACGAGGAAAGAUGCGCAAGCACUUGUUGCUUGGUUGAGUGAUUUGGAGAAGAAGUUGACGACUGCAGUUACAUCUCAAUUGGGGCAAGCUGCUCAAUGCAGGAGAGUCUAUGUUCAACAUCAGGAGCUUGUGAAAGUUUUGUCUAGCGAUCCUUUCCAUGGCGUUGUUUGGAUGUUACUUUCGAUUGGAAUUAUUGGCAACAUAUUGGUUGUUGUGUGGAGACUUGCACAGAAAAGAGAUCAGAGAUCGUCUCCUCUCUCAAUCCUCAUCAUCAUGCUAGCAGUUUCAGAUUUCUUGUAUUGUGUUCACUUGCUUCUUCUGGAGAGUUUGGUGCUUGAUGUUAAUCUAAACCAAACAAAACAUCUGUCACCCAUCUCUGCUCGUAACAUGUGCAUGACAAGUGCUUUGCUGUCUUGGUUCACUUGUCUUACAGCUCAGUGGGCAACUUUUAAUAUUACAGACUCUAAAUUUGUUGUGCAUCUAGUGUAAAUUUUGAGUAUAAUAUUUGUGUUAAUAUUAAUUAAUAUUACUGAUAAUUUAUUGGAAGGCUGUACAAAGUACAGCUUCCGUUUUCGUUUCGAGUCAACCAACCGUAUAAAUUACGUACUCAAA